AUCCUCCGGCACCGCCACCCGGGCCGGGCCGGGCCACCUGCAGAGCCGAGCCGAGCCGCGGCGGUAGGAUGAGGGGCAUCCUCUACUUCUGCACGCUGAUCCUCCUGGAAGGUAUGGCAGAAGCUGUCAGCUCGAGCAGGGACUGCCUUCAAGCAGGAGAGUCCUGCACCAAUGACCCCGUCUGCAGCUCCAAAUUCAGGACCCUUCGGCAAUGCAUUGCAGGCAAUGGAGCCAACAAGCUGGGCCCAGAUGCCAAGAACCAGUGCCGGAGCACAGUGACAGCUCUGCUCUCCAGCCAGCUCUAUGGCUGCAAGUGCAAACGAGGCAUGAAAAAGGAGAAGAACUGCUUGAGCGUCUACUGGAGCAUCCACCACACACUGAUGGAAGGCAUGAACGUGUUGGAGAGUUCUCCUUAUGAGCCAUUCAUCAGAGGCUUUGAUUACGUCCGGCUGGCAUCCAUCACUGCAGGGUCUGAGAACGAGGUGACCCAGGUGAACCGGUGCCUGGACGCUGCCAAAGCCUGCAAUGUGGACGAGAUGUGCCAGCGGCUGCGGACAGAGUACGUCUCCUUCUGCAUCCGACGCCUGGCCCGGGCUGACACCUGCAACCGCUCCAAGUGCCACAAGGCCCUGCGCAAGUUCUUCGACCGUGUGCCACCCGAGUACACCCACGAGCUGCUCUUCUGCCCCUGCGAUGAUACAGCCUGUGCCGAGCGCCGGCGGCAAACCAUCGUUCCUGCGUGCUCCUAUGAGUCCAAGGAGAAACCCAACUGCUUGGCACCUCUGGACUCCUGCCGGGAAAACUACGUCUGCAGGUCGCGCUACGCAGAAUUCCAGUUUAAUUGCCAGCCAUCCCUGCAGGCUGCAACUGGUUGCAGGAGGGACAGCUAUGCUGCCUGUCUGCUGGCAUACACAGGGAUCAUAGGCAGCCCCAUCACACCCAACUACAUUGACAACUCGACUUCGAGCAUAGCUCCCUGGUGCACAUGCAAUGCCAGUGGUAACCGGCAAGAAGAGUGCGAGAGCUUUCUGCAUCUCUUCACUGACAACGUCUGUCUCCAAAAUGCCAUCCUGGCCUUUGGCAAUGGAACCUACCUGAAUGCAGCUGCGGCCCCAUCCAUUCCCCCGACUACGCAGAUGUAUAAGCAGGAGCGAAAUGCCAACAGAGCUGUAGCAACCUUCAGAGAGAACAUCUUUGAACAACUCCAGCCCACCAAGGUGGCCGGAGAGGAGAGACUCCUCAGGGGCUCCACUCGUCUGUCCUCAGAAACCUCCAGCUCAGCAGCUCCCUCUCGCCUGGCAGGCUCUCAGCUGCAGAUAUGGCUUUUCCCAGCUCUCGCCGUGCUGAGCUUGUUUUUGAUGUGAAGCAGGGUGGGCACACGCCAGGCAGUGACUCUCUUUGUGUCGGUUCCUUUAAAAAACAACCAGACAAGCUACUUUUCUGGGGGGGAGGGAGAAGGGGUGGGAUGGGAAGGAGAGGUGAGUGUGUAGGCAUUCCUUCCUCCACCUCAUCUGUCUACCAAUUUAUUUGAUUUUAUGAAAUCAGCAUCACUGAAACCAGCUCAUUCUUGGUCCUGACCUCAUUUCCACUCCACAGCUUGGUUGUUGUCUCUCCAGCUCUCUGCAGAUGGGUUCAGAGCCACUGACAAUUCCCUUGAAAAAGCUCAAAGUGAGAGUCAAGACAAGAGAUGAGACCUGCAAAGGAAAUGCUUUUGCCUGCCCUCAGACAAGAGAGGAAUGACUCUUGAUGGAUGAGCUGCCAGGAAGUUUCCUGAAGCCCUGACUCCCACUGCGGGUCUCUUGACAGGACACACCAAGAGAUAUGUAGUUCAGAUUGUCUCCAGGGUUGCCCAGGACCCAAAGAGCAGUCUAUCUAGUUCAGAUUGAAGAAACCAGAUCCCCUGGUGAAAAGACAGUUGAUUUGGUUCAUCAAAGAGGAUACUGAUGCACCUCCAGGGUGGAGUAAGUGGCCGUGCUAUGCUGGACUCGUUUACUGGGUUCAUCCAUACGUUUAAAACACCACCUGUGUGGAACCAGAGUGCAUCUCCAAGCUGUGACAUACAUAUAUUAUCAUAUAUCAAUAUCAUAUAUUGAUGAUGUUCAGGAAGAAACAUGAAACACGUGUGUUGCGUUUCAUUUGUGACUUUUUUUCAUGUCCCAACCCUAACGUCUCU